ACAUAAACAUUGACAUGCUGUCAUUUCAGAAUGGCUUUACAAACACUCUGCAAAGCAACAAAGUUUGUAGUGACAGUUAUUUAUAGACCAUCCUUUUUGUCAUUUAGUGUGAGACAUCUUAGAAACAGAGGACACCCAAAAAGACCAAGUCUUUCAGCCACAGAGUUCAAAGAAUUUUUGGAUGUUGAUGAUGAAGACCCUUCAGAUGAUGUCUCACUUGAUGAUCUUGUUGGAGGAUCAGACAGAAGACAUUUUGAAGAAUUUAUCACCAAUGUAGAUUUUAGGGAUCCAGAUAUAAGGAGAGAUUUGGAAAGAUUAGAAAAAUUGGAGAGGAAUAAACUGAAGAAAAAAAUAAUAGAAAGGAAAUAUUUUAAAAAGACUCCAGAGAAAAAUGUAUUAACAUGGCAAGCUAAAGAACAAAUGAGAUACCUAAACCAGGAGUACCCAGAGGAGUGGACAGUUGAAAAACUCAUUGAGAGUUUCCCUGUGAGUAGAGAAGGAGUCAUUGGCAUCUUAAAAUCAACAUAUCUUCCUUCAGAUGAAAAGGAGAUAAGGAAGCAUGAUGAUAAAGCAAUUUUGAAUAUUAAUAAUAUAAAGAAAAUGUUAGCAGACAACACUGAAACAAUAGAUAGUGAAGAAAGGGAGGAAUUGGAAGACAAAAUCUUAAAAAUUGGAAGUGCUGCUGGGAUUAAAGAUCUGCCACUGACAAAAGUAGUGACCAGAAGAACAAUAGCUGCACAAAGUAAUUUAUUGAAACCGCCUAAAAAAAUAGGACCAUUCACAUCCAUGUUAAUGUAUUAUGAUAGAGUGGUGGAGGGUGAUACCAAAAUUCAAGAUCACAAAUAUGUGUUAUUGCCUGAACCAGUCAAUGCUGAAAACAGACAAAGUAUGGAAGUAAAGGGUCAAGAAAAUGAACCAGUUGAGAAAGUUGUCAAUCAAAGUGGCAAUACUGAAUCAAAUUUGUCAGAUCAAAAAAAGUCCUAUAAGAAAGAACAGAAGCCUAGGUUGAUAUCCAAUUCUAAAGAUAAUUCAUUUGUCAAUAAAAAUAAUAAAAUAAGUCAAGCAAGACAGAAUAGGGCUGCAGAUAUGUUUGAGGAAUUUCAAGAAAAAAAUAACGUAAAAACUAACACAAUGAACAAGUAUAGAAAACAAAAAACUGAUGAUAGUUUUUCAAAUUUUAAUUUUGAUACACAACCAGAAUACAAAGAGAGUCAGUACAAAUUUAAUAAACAAUCAAAGGAUGACUCUUCGUUCAAUUUAAACUUUGAUAUAAAGCCAAAAAAUAAAUUUGCAGGUGAAGGUUUACAACAGAGCAAUAAAUCUGACCCUGUUAAUUCAGAGUUAAAAAAUUUGCAAAAAGAAAAUAUUAAAUUUGCUGACAAUUACCAUGCUAAAAAAAGUUUUCAAAAAUGGAAUCCAAAGUCAGAACAAUACAGUCAAGAUUCGUUUGGGAAAGUUGUGACUGAAAAAGUUCCUUAUACUAACAGAACUUAUAACAAGUCAAAUGAGGAAAUGUUGCCAGGCAGAAUAUCAAGGAGACGUCAAACAUCGUUUUAUCAGAAAGGAAAAACUAUUUAUGAUGAACAAGGAGACUUUUUGUACAAAAUCCCAUAAAAUACAAUCUGGAUGAAUACUUUAAAGAA